GUCACAUGCGUUUCUGUGCUGUCAGAUAGACGUAAGAAGAGAUUGCUGCUGUGACUAUUUAGAUAUCGCUUUACUCAGUGGACAAAUAGGUCAUGUCUGAAGACGUGAGUGUUGUAGUGGUGGGCUCUUGUAUGACUGACUUAGUAAGUCAGGCACCUCGGCUUCCCAAGGCUGGAGAGACAAUACAUGGACACAGGUUCUUUAUUGGUUUCGGUGGCAAAGGGGCCAAUCAAUGCGUCCAAGCUGCACGAUUGGGGGCCAAGACUGCAAUGGUGUGCAAGGUCGGCAGAGACGUUUUUGGGAACGACUACAUUCAAAACUUCAAAAAUAAUGGCAUAUCGACUGCCUAUGUAGAACAGACUGAAAAUGCUGCAACUGGAGCUGCCUCUAUCAUUGUAAAUGACACAGGGGAGAAUGCCAUAGUGAUUGUUGCUGGUGCUAAUAUGCUCUUGGGGCAAGAAGAACUGCAGCGAGCACUAACCGCCAUAGUAAAUGCAAAGGUGCUUGUUUGCCAGCUUGAAAUCAACCCAGAUACAUCACUUCAGGCCUUGAGAAUGGCCAGAGAGAACCACGUGAAGACCAUUUUUAAUCCAGCUCCAGCAAUUGCGGACCUGUGUUCUGAUUUCUACAAAGCAUCUGACGUUUUCUGCUGCAACGAGUCUGAGGCAGAGCUCUUGACGGGUAUGUCCGUUACCUCAGUGGAGGAUGCCAGUCAAGUAGGUCUGGAGCUGCUAAACAAAGGUUGUGGUUCAGUCAUUGUCACCUUGGGGCCACAGGGCUGUGUGGUGUGUCAGCCCACAAACACAGCACCUAAACACAUUCCCACCACCGCAGUGACUGCUGCAGAUACCACGGGAGCAGGCGACAGCUUCAUUGGUGCUCUGGCUUUCUACAUGGCCCAUUAUCCCACAAUGCCGCUGGAAGAGAUGGCCAGGAGAGCCAACCUUGUCGCAGCCGUGUCUGUACAGACUGUCGGCACGCAAACAUCUUUUCCAUUUCGGAAGGAUCUGCCAACUGAACUGUUCUGA